UCUUUGAGAUAACAGGCUUUGGACGUGCUAUCUUGAGUGUUACAUUGUGGAGUUGUUUUCCCACAAUCUUUAAGUCUUUUUCAAACUAUUUUGUGAAUGAAUUAAAUUAGUGAAAUAUAAAUAAAUGGUCUCUUUUGGAUUGCUUACCCAGAUUAGAGAAUGUUGACUUUAAAAGGUCACAGAAUUGAAUUUUGCCUGUUGGACUGGUAUUUCCACUUGGGAGGCUAGUCCUGGCUGACCUCCACAAUUCCAUCCAUCCACUCACACGCAGUCAUGAUAAGAGCGUGAAGUGUGAGCUAAAUAGGGAUGAGGCCUGGGCAAGGUCAUUUCUGCCAGAACACCAGAGACUCCCAAGAGCUCAGGGGUGCUAUAGUACAGAGAAAGGGGGUGUCCUCGUGAAUUAAAAAAAAAAGAAGAAAAGAAAAAAGAAAGAGAGAAAGAAGAAAAAAAAACCCUCUAUACACAGAGUAAAAAUGAGGGUCCUUGUAUUUGAGGAUGUAAAAGAUGAAGCAGAAGAGGGAAAAACAGAGGGAGAGGAAGAUGAAGACGACACGGUGUUCUUCAAGCCUGUUAUUGAAGACCUAAGGAUGGAAUUGGCCAGAAAAUGCACCAAGCUCAUUAGUGAUAUUCAUUAUAAAGAAGAAUAUAAAAAGUCCAAGGACAAGUGUACAUCUGUGACUGACACUCCCAUGCUAAACCACGUAAAAAACAUUGGUGCUUUUAUUUCUGAGGCAAAAUACAAAGGCACCAUUAAGGCGAACCUCUCCAAUUCUCUUUAUAAGCAGAUGCCAGCCACAAUCGAUAGUGUCUUUGCAAGAGAAGUUACGCAUCUUCAGAGUGAGGUUGCCUAUAAGCAGAAACACGAUGCCGCCAGAGGAUUCUCAGAUUAUGCCCAUAUGAAGGAGCCACCUGACGUCAGACACGCCAUGGAGGUCAAUAAACACCAGAGUAACAUUUCUUAUAGAAAAGAUGUGCAGGACGCCCACACGUACAGUGCGGAUCUCAACAGACCAGACAUCAAGAUGGCAACACAGCUCUCCAAGCUCAUAAGCAAUGCAGAGUACAAGAAAGGGCAAGGAGUAAUGAAUAAAGAGCCUGCUGUACUUGGAAGACCAGAUUUUGAACAUGCUGUGGAAGCUUCUAAACUUUCUAGUCAAAUUAAAUACAAAGAAAAAUUUGAUAAUGAAAUGAAGGAUAAGAAGCAUCAUUACAAUCCUCUGGAAAGUGCUUCUUUUAGGCAAAGUCAGCUUGCCACCGCACUGGUGAGCGAUGUGAAGUACAAGAAAGACAUUCAAAGUAUGCACGAGCCAGUCUCAGGUCUCCCAAACCUGUUUUUAGAGCAUGCUUUGAAAACCAGCAAAAUGCUCAGCGGACACGAGUAUAGAAAGCUUUUUGAGGAAAACAAAGGAAUGUAUCAUUUUGACGCGGAUGCUGCUGAACACCUGCACCAUAAAGGCAAUGCCACGCUCCAGAGCCAGGUUAAAUACAAAGAAGAGUAUGAGAAAAAUAAGGGGAAAUCAAUGCUUGAAUUUGUUGAGACACCCUCAUAUCAAGCUUCAAAGGAGGCUCAGAAGAUGCAGAGUGAGAAAGUUUACAAAGAGGAUUUUGAGAAGGAGAUUAAAGGAAGGUCAUCACUGGAUUUAGACAAGACUCCAGAAUUUUUACAUGUAAAGUACAUCACCAACCUUCUGAAAGAGAAGGAAUAUAAGAAAGAUCUGGAAAAUGAAAUAAGAGGCAAAGGAAUGGAACUUAACCCAGACGUUCUUGAUAUUCAAAGAGCAAAACGUGCAUCUGAAAUGGCUAGUGAGAAAGAAUAUAAGAAAGACCUGGAGUCAAAAAUUAAAGGGAAGGGAAUGCAAGUUGGCACUGACACCCUUCAAAUACAGCAUGCCAAAAAAGCUGCAGAGAUAGCUAGUCAGAAAGACUAUAAGAAAGAUCUGGAGACUGAAAUAAGAGGGAAGGGCAUGCAAGUGGGCCCAGACACUCCUGAUAUCCAGAGAGCCAAGAAAGCAUCGGAAAUGGCCAGCCAGAAAGAAUAUAAGAAAGAUCUGGAAAAUGAAAUUAAGGGGAAAGGAAUGCAAGUGAGCAUGGAUAUCCUGGACAUACUACGAGCCAAGAGAGCAUCAGAAAUCUACAGCCAGAAAAAGUAUAAAGACGAAGCAGAGAAGAUGCUUUCUAACUAUAGUUCUGGGUUAGACACUCCUGAAAUUCAGAGAAUCAAGAUAACUCAACAAAACAUUAGUGCGGUAAAAUAUAAAGAAGAGAUGCAUCAGGCAACGGCCAUUUCCGAUCCUCCAGAGCUAAAGAGAGCUAAAGAAAACCAGAAGAACAUCAGCAAUCUCCAGUACAAACAGCAAUGCCCCAAGGCCACGCCAGUGAGCGUCACACCGGAGAUGGAGAGGGUGAGGAGAAACCAGAAGGAGCUGAGUACGGUGAAAUACAAAGGAGAAACUAAACAGGCAACGGCCAUUUCUGAUCCACCAGAGUUGAAGAGAGUUAAAGAAAAUCAGAAGAACAUCAGCAAUGUUCAUUAUAAAGGUCAACUGGGAAGAGCUACAGCUUUAAGCAUAACUCCUGAAAUGGAAAGAGUGAAGAAGAACCAAGAAAAUAUCAGUUCGGUAAAAUAUACCCAGGACCAUAAACAGAUGAAAGGUAGACCAAGUCUGAUUUUAGAUACACCUGGUCUGAGAUAUGUCAAAGAAGCACAAAAUCAUAUUUCAAUGGUAAAGUAUCAUGAAGACUUUGAAAAGACAAAGGGAAGGGGCUUUACUCCUGUUGUGGAUGACCCCGUGACGGAGCGAGUAAGGAAGAACACCCAAGUGGUCAGCGAUGCGGCCUACAAAGGUGUCCAUCCUCACAUCGUGGAGAUGGACAGGAGACCUGGGAUCAUUGUCGCGCCUGUUCUUCCUGGAGCCUACCAGCAAAGCCAUUCCCAAGGCUAUGGGUACAUGCACCAGACCAGCCUCUCAUCCAUGAGGUCAAUGCAGCACUCACCAAAUCUAAGGACCUACCGAGCCAUGUAUGAUUACAGUGCCCAGGACGAAGAUGAGGUCUCCUUCAGGGACGGCGACUACAUCGUCAACGUACAGCCCAUCGACGACGGCUGGAUGUAUGGCACGGUGCAGAGAACUGGGAAAACAGGGAUGCUCCCAGCCAAUUACAUUGAGUUUGUUAAUUAAUACUCUCUCCUUGUCUUUGAGCUUUAUUCUAAUGUAUACUAAACCCAAUCUUUUUAAAAGAUAGAAGAUACUUUUAAGACAACUUGGCAGUUAUUUUACAAUAAUCUAUCUUCACUUGGACAAUGAGACACAUAGGUACCAGGAAAAAGGACUGACUUCUGGGCUCAGAACAGCAGCAUUUUCAGUAAUUCCUGUACACAAAACCUUAAGGUCUGGAGGCCCGGUGCUGCUAAUUGGGUUAAUGGUUUCCUUUGAUUGGCUAUCGAACACUUCUGGGAAAUGUAUUUUUGUAGACUUUAAUAGAGAUGUUGAUUGUCCCUUACACGUAACAAGUCUAUGAAACUCAUUAGCUGUCACUUUGGAAUCACCAGAAGCCAAUUCUUGUAAUUCAGUAACACAGCCAAUAAUUUAAAAACCAUUUAGCUUUUGAGUCAUUAGGGAAUUUCCAAUUCAAGUGAAAAUUGCCUAAUGUAAUAAACGUCAGGAGUGGCAAAACGGCAGUUUGGUUAAAAUUAUAUUGACCGGUGGCCUUCGGGACCUAGAAACUUCUCCCAAACAAAGACAUUUCCUUGUUCCCUAGGCUGACUUGGGUCUCUUUGUUCCUCAUUUGUACCAAGGCGUAUUCUACUCUUCAUUUACAUUCUGUGGGCCCAAGUCUAUGCUUGACUCCAUAGAAGGUCAGGACCAAAUAAGGUCACAGCUACUCUGCAAAGGGCAAAGUUGAAGGUCAUCUCUAUUAUUUCCCUAAGGGCUUUGACCCUGUUGCAUGUCACGUAGGUUCAAGCUUCUGUAACAUAGGCAGCUGCACUGCCCAUCCCCGUUAUUACAGCAACAAGUGCGGCUGAUAACCUAACAGCCCUCCCGGCUAGUAGCCUGCUCAUCAGAAAAACAUGUUUUUGAAAAGUUGCUUGAGAUUCUCCUGCUGCCUUGCACUCUAGUUUCGAAGGAUUUACACCUUUAGGAAAUAGACGCCUACUCUAGCAAAUAAGUGAUUUAGGUGUUUACUGAGCAGCUUUCUUUAACAUAAUGCCGCUGUCGAUUUAAAAGUAAAGCUAACUAAACCCGAGCCAAAGACUACAAGGUGUGCGAGAGACACAACCAGUGAGCAAAACGUCACCCACUCCACAGAGAGAUGAUCAGGUUCAUGUGUGUGUGUGUGUGUGCGUGUGUGUGUUUCUGGAAAAUGCUAUUUACAUCCAGGAAUGGAGGUCCAGCCACUGAAACCAGUUAAUGGAAAGACGUCUUUUCUACUUUCUUCUGGUUUUUACUUUCUAACCCAUAUUGGGUGGAGGAGGGGAGAUGAAAAUGCCAGCAGAGAUUUUAGAUCAAGGCCCAACAGGUUGUUCACUAAAAAAAGAAAUUGUUGUCCUAUCUUGAAUUUCAAAUGCAAGACCCUGCGGGCACUUUCUGGGUUCACCACAGAGCCGCCGCCUUGCUGGCCGGUCGUGAUGAUCGGCCUGUGGUCUGCAGUCAAGGUGGCUGGAGAAGUUAAUGUCCAUCCGCCACUCUGUGUUUUUCUGAUGUAUUUAGACCUCAGCAGGGUAGCAUUCAUGUAGGGCUUGCCUCCGGAGUUGUGACGAAGAGGCUAAAAGCAAAGUUUUAAAAAUGUGAUAAAAUGUAUCGCUCUUGAGGCUAUCUCCUUUAGGUAACAUAGGCAAAGAAAUUAAGGAAAUAUCUUAUAAAAUACCUUUUACAGAAAUGUUUAGGAGUCCAGAAACAAAUGCUAAUUCGUUUAUGCUUGUGGAAAAUUAGCACCUACUUUUUGAAAAUCUAGAGUUUUAUUUUCUCUGGCUCAAAGAACAAAUAAGCUUUAUUACACUCAAGCUGCAUCUAUAGGAACUCACACAAAAAGAGAUAAGGGAAAUUCAGGUAGAAGACUAGAGAAUUUUUUGAGGGGUUUUUACAGAUUCCUACAUACCCAGCAGGACUGAUUUUCUGGCAUUGAAUGGACAGUCAUGAUUAAAUUAACCCCUAUCUGUUUAGAUGUCUUGUCCACAGACCAACAAAGGCAAGCUAAACUUGCAACAUUCUUGCAAAAAAAAAAAAAAAUUCUGUGCAUUAAAACUGGGGCAAUAAACUUACUCAAUUUUAUAGUAUCAUUAAGCAAAUAUUUAUGUUUCACCCAGACCACUUUUUUUGUGAUUAGGGAAAAGAGUAGUUGUUGAUUAAAUUUGCAGACUAAAUGUAGGACAGGUACAAUUUUUGAGAAAUAGCACAUUUAUAGGAAGCUCAAAGGAAACGGAUUUGAAGUGAUACUCUUAAUUGGGGAAAAGUCCCAUAAAAUAGCAGUUGGUUGUUCCAUUGUCUUUCUCAUCUAUUAAUUUUAAAAUCAGAUUCAAGGAAUGUAGAAGUCAAUAAUUAUUAGGGGAAUAAUUCUAAAAUUUUAAGCUUCGCAUAAUGUUUGCGUAGUGAGAUGUUUCUCCUUCCAGCUUCUAGGAAUUAAGGUCUGCUCAGAAUUUAACCAGAGAGCAAUUAUUUGUUGUCACUGUUACUAACGCUUGUCAGGAUCUUGGGCAUCUCAGCAGAAAUAUUGGAAACAUACAUGUAUAAUACCAAAGCGCUAUUUUUACAGCAUUAUUUUUCAAAACUAUGUUCUCGAACAGUUUUUCCACUUUGCACAUGGCUCCCCUCCCCUCAAUUUGGCGGCAUGCAUCUCACACAUAAAUAACACUAACUGCUAAAGAAGGGUGUUAAAAAAAAAUCUAUUUUUUAGAAAUCAAGCUAAAGACUGUGAAAUGUCCAAGCACAGAAAGCAUGCACCUGAUUCUCUGAACAUGAUGCAUUCUCAGGCCUGAAAAAAGCACAUGGAGCAGGUUGAUAUAUCUUAUAAGGUUCUGAAAACAAAACUAAGUUUGGAUCAUCUCUCUCCUGAGAGAAGCUGAGCAGCAGAAUAGAUGACUUUUGUUGUAUGUCUUUGUAGUCAACGUUUUUACUAAUUCUCGUGCUCUAGGAAAGCUUCCGAUUUCUAACCUGUGACAAAACGAGUUCUUCACGUCUUCUUGUUCUUGUUUAUACACCACAGCGUAGCCCAGUUUGAAAUACUUAUCUGGUUGUCAGAUCCCCUCGCCAUCCCUGCCUCUUCCCAGGCUUCCCCACCUCCAGAGACCACACGGGAAUUUGCAAGCACAAUUUCUCCGGGCACCUUGUAUGAAUGUGGAUGAGAUUAGACCCGCCCCUCUCUCGUCACUAGGUUCACCGCUUGAAGAUGAUGAAGAGGCCAUUUGGGCAAGUUGACCCCAGUCUCUCCUCUCUUGUCCUCUCCCGGUUGGGCUUGGCAACAGUCUGGGAGGUGGGGAAACAGACUUUUCUAGAACAGUGAAGUUCAAGAGGUGCAUCUCUUUUUUUGGGUGUGUUCACCUCCAGUGAAGUGUUUUUGAUGAAAAGAUAAAGAAAACGGGCAUGACCCUUUAAUAACGCAUCCUUAUAUAAAGUGGAUAUAGUUUAUACCAAAAUUAUAAUAGAGAUAUAUUUUUUAAAAAGGUGCCUUUUUGAUGACCCUUGUUUAUCCAUGAUGGUCUUGGAAUGAGAACCAAGCAACCAAGCUUCUUGUCUAUUCUAUAGUAAUAUUUUAUUAUACAUGAUUGGUAUUUUUCUUGUGGGGGAAAUGUGAUGCUCCUGACAGAUAUGAAAGGUGAUAGCUGAUUGUAUUUUUACCUCUAAAGGUGUAGAACUUUAGAAAAUACUGACCUUUCCCCGUCUACUUCUGAAAAGUUCUUGGUGGAUUUAAAUAUAGUCAGGAUGCAUAAACAUUAACUUUAGGUUUGAGACUUAAAAUACCUAUUGCAAGACAGAAGAAUUAUGUUAUGAGGCUGAAUUCAUUACACAAGAUGAAAUUCACUUCGUAAAUUUCUAUUAGACCUUAGCUAUUUGCUUCUGAUGCUCUAAAAGUGGCUCGAGCGUGGGUGUUUUGGGUAAUGAGACACAGAGGUGAGAAAGCUUUAGUUAAGUAAGAAGCUAUGUGAAGUAAGUUAAGAAUGCUAAAAGGAAAGUCUCUUUCUGAAGGAUCCCAACGCCCAUUCGGGUCCUUUCCAGGCAACUGGCUGUCAACUACUGAUGAUCAAAAACAAAAACAAAAACAAUAACAAUAACAAAAAACUAAGAUAUUGUAUGAUGUUUCUGUGGCCAUCAUUUCAUGAUGCUUAGACUACUGGAAUCCACUAGCCUGGAAGGAUCUCCAGGCAGAUAUCUCCCCGGAUGUCCAUAUUACUUCCAUAUAUUCAUGGAAUCCCAUAUGCUUUUUGCGUUUGACACAUGGUUCCCAGUUGGCAUAGUGUCUACUUCUUUGUAAUCCAGUUGCUGUUAAGAAUGAAAAAGGAGAAAGAAAGAAAACUGCAUGCUAGUCCCACUCUUCAGUGUCCAUACGAUGAAUGGCUGAGCAUUGAGAAGUGGCACCAAGUGUGUUGUGGGCACAGUGUGGAAACGUUGGCCUUUGACUUGUGAGAAGAAUACAAAAUUGAGUCACUGCGCAGCUUGGAUUCUGUCUGCUUCAAAAAUGUAGAAUUGUGGUUGACGAAUUUGUAAGACCGUACUAACUUUGAGAGCAUACAGUUUUAAUGGAAACACUUUAUGGUUUUAAAAUGAAGGGGCUUAUAGAACGAUACGAUGUUAUUACUAUAAUUUGGCUUUUGUUAUGCAAAUUAACACCAGCUAUUAAAAUAUAUUUUAGUAGAAAUGCUUUAAUUCAUGUUUUCUUUCCUCUACACUGUGAAUCUUUAAGCCUUGGUGGACUAGAGCAACAUCGUGCUGCCCAAAGGACUAACCUAUGCAAACUAGUUCACAUUUUAGUGGAUGUCACAGUAAUCGUGUAAUAAGACAUUAUUUCCCCCCCUGCAUAAUGUACAGCGGCAUUGGAAUAAACAUGAAGCCUAGCAUCUUGUAUGUAUAGUAUAGUCACUCACAAACCCUUCAAGGCUACUAUAAUCAUUAGUAUUAUUAUUUGUUUAAAAGCGAAUCGCCAAGUUAUCUCUUAAAUCUACUUGAAUGAUGUCAGAACAAGACUGAGAGAUGGACGUGUCGGCUGUGGCUUCAUUGUGGUCACUGUAAGUGUCCUCCUGUGAUCGAGCUGUGUUCGGAUGCACUUUCUUCAGGAUAUUAUUAUUCUGUGUCUUCUUUCUGUAUUUGUAAAAUGUUAUAACGCUCUAAUUUUCCUAUCUCUACACAUUCGGUUUGCUUAAAUAAAUGCAGGAUAUAACAAAAUGGUU